GCUUCAGAUCCACCUUUUGCAUCCCACUGGGGAAAAACUGAUUCGGCUGUCUCACGUGUUCACGGUCGAACUUUGAUGGGCGUGGAGCGCGUGCUCCUGCGCCCCGACCCAGUUCGGUCCAGCUGGCGCCUAAAAUUCUUACUAAAGACCCUGAAGCUUCGACUGGAGAAGGUUGUUGUUGUUGUUGUUGUUGUUGCAUUGAAUUGACAACGUGUGUUCCUCGUUUAGUUUUUGUUAUAACGUGUGUUAUUUUGUCAUCUUCUAAAUGAGGCAAAGUUAAACAUUGUUUAGCCCUUAUUGUUUUCAAUGAAGGCUUUUAUUGUGGAAGGUGUGAAGGAAUGUGAUUGGUUCAGCAUGGCAGGGGGCGGGUGUGCGCUGGGUGUGUAUAAACGACACACCACUGACGCAAUAUUUCAGUAUUACAGUACAAGUGAUGUGCUUAAGUUGAGUUUUGAAGUACUUGUACACAACGUUGUCUGCAGACUGAGCGACAUGUUGCCAAAGACCCGUCUAGGGAAGCGUUCUCCUCUUGGAGCGCUGCUCACCAACCCGGCAGCGGGACCACACACAAACCUAGAGACCGGCGAGGCUGACGUCUUCAUGGCAGCUCAGCCGGCCGCCAGCAGAGCCAAAGGUCAUCCUGGACUGAAGGUGUACUUCCAGUGUGGCGCUGCCGAGUCCGCACUGGACCCAAAGCAGACUGAUGGUUUCGCCUGGCCCUCAUCACCUUCGGUGCCUCCGUCGGGCAGCGGCAGGUCCGUCUCCUCCUGCAUAGACGUCCCUCGCAGCCAGAGGCGGAGUGCAGCCGAGGUGGAUGUGGAUGAGCUCAUGGCAGCGAUGGUCCUCAGCAGUUUGUCCUGCAGCCCUUUGCUGCACAGCCCUGCAACCACAGACACUACAGCUGCUCCCAUGGACUGUGGAGGCAGUGAGCUCUCUGACAGCGGCAGCAGCGGCUACUGGAGCGUCGGCCGCGCCAACAGGAGUCCCGCCCCGUCUCCACCCAUGACAGAACCCGACGCGCGCCCGGCCACGCCUCCCGACGAAGGCCUGAGCAUGGAGAUGGACCAGGUUCUGUUUGACGAGCCGGCGCCACGGAAACGUAGGAACUCAGUGAAGGCGUCCUACAGGUGUCUGUGGCCCAGCUGUGGGAAGGUGCUGACGUCGGUGGUGGGAAUCAAACGCCACAUCAGGAUGACACAUCUGUGUCGUGGAGGUGAACAUGAGCGAUGUUCUCGCAGUGAGGAGGAUUUUUACUACACUGAGAUCAACCAGCAGCAGCAGCAGCAGUCUCCUCCUCAUCCUCUCGCCUAUGGCUCCCCCUCCUCCCCCCCUAGCCCCCCUCCUCCCUCCCCUCCGUCUCCACCUUGUGGAGCUCUGAGUCGCUCAGCCCCCUCCUCCCCUGGCAGACUGUGGCAGGUCCAGUCAGAGCAUUCGUAUCAGGCGCCGCCUCCCGACAGCGUGGCCUCGGCUCCGAGCAGGACUUCCUGCCGCUGGACGGCGGCUGCGCCCUCAAACAGCUGCCACAGCAGACAGGUUUUGUCAUUUCGGGUUCGUUCGGUCAGUGUAGGAGAGCAGUGGCUACAGCAGCAGAGCGCCCCCUGCAGGAAGAUCCGUGGUGAAGCCAAAAAGUGCCGUAAAGUUUACGGCAUUGAGCACAGAGAUCAGUGGUGCACAGCCUGUCGCUGGAAGAAAGCCUGCCAGCGCUUCCACGACUGAGCUGAGACCACGGAGACGCAGACACAGACUGUUGCUGAUCCUCUCCUGUCAGAUGUUUAUACUAAACAGAAAACCGUUUUUUAAAGGAUGUUUCAUUUUUUUAUGUUUUUCCUCCUGGUGAACCGCUGGAGCAGAAGCAGCUGAGGUGGCUUUUUGUCUUCAGGCAUGUACAUAAGACUCCAGGCUGAAUUUAAGUUCAGCUACAGUCGGGAGACGGUGCUGGAAAUUCGUCCUAUUGUAAACCUUUCUGAACUGAAUGGAUGUCACACUGAGUUCUCUCAUAACUGGAGUUUUCUUCCUUGAGCUGAUGAAGCAGGAUUAUCUCAUUGUCUCGUGCAUUCUCAUUAGAGGAGUAAUCUGAUUACUAGUUUCACAGUAACCAUGUUGUAUGUUAUUACCAGUUCCACUGUGCUGGAGCAAUAAUUUGAGUCUCAAAUCUGCGUAGUUUUGGCUUCACUGAAAAAUGAAAUGUUUACACUAAAAUCAUCUGGAAGACCAAAAGUACAAUGUGAAUUCCUGCUUAAAUGGUGCGAAUUGAUAAACUUUCUUCUAUUUUGGUGCCCACUUGAAAACAACAGUUCAUCCAACGCAGAUAAAAGUUCCAUUACAUUUACACAAGACCCAGAAGCAGAUUCGCCACCAGUUUGUUUCCUCUGUGACCACUUUGCUUUCAGGCAAACGGAUGUUGAGACGGCUUGUUAUCCACAUCUGUCCUGCAUCUGUUCACCAACAGCUGUGGGCCUUUGUGCCAUCGUUAGCAGGGAUCUGUACAUCUACAGAAGGUUGUCAAGCAGCCUUAUAAGCACGGUCCUUUCACUCAAGUAUGCGAGUCAAGGAGUGAUGGGCGGAAAAGAGUGACCAAACCGGUCAAGACUAAUGUUCUGGGUCCUGUGUGGGUUUGAAACUUCUUAUUCAGGCUGUCAUUUAGUGGCAGUCGAGCAUAUGUUGUUGCCAAUAUUUUGACUUUGGUUCUGUGACCAGAGCAAAUGUAGGUGAGCAGUGAGCAGCUGCAGUAGCAUCAGAGAAUCCUGAUACAGGUAAUGUAUCAGGAUUAAAAAAAAAAAAAAGAAGCGCUGGGAUGUCAGGUGGGAGGUCUGAUUCUAGGACAGGCCCCAGGAUCUAAGGCUUGUACAUGAAGAACUGUUACCUAAAGCCAGAACAGAUUUGCAGUCGUUCAAAAAAGUUCACCUAACCCAACUUUGUACUAACAUGCAUACACUAAUUGAGAAGGUGUCCUUUGGUACAGUCUGAUGUUCCAUCUGCUUCAGUCACUCAUUCCUGGAAUCAGAAGCCAUUUCCACUGUGGGAACCAUGAGCAGUAUUCAUCAUAAUCUCUGUUUAAAUUCAGAUAAUACAACAGUCUGGUUUUCAGUCAAAUCUCUAUUUUUGUACUCUUGCCUCCUUUCUCUCAUUGUAUCCACUUGUGUAUCUACUUGUGUCUGUGAAGGACUUUUUCUGUCUUGGUAACAAAGUCAUUUUAUACACGAUGCCAAGUCUUGUUAAUAAAGCUAAUGAACCUUCUUUUGUACUCAGAUACUGAAGCAUCAGUACCAGUGUUGAAACAAUAUCAGUACUUUGGUCUUUCUACUAAAUGCCAUGUUAACGUCACAAUAAAAAUCCCUGCAGCUUGUUCUUGUUGUUAAAUAUUAAAACAUAUAAACCUACAA